CCAUCACAACAGCACAGAAUUUUCUUGACGCUUGGGUGGUUUUGCUUGGCUUGAAGACUCAAAAUUCUUGUCAUGGUGAUCUGAAUCGAAACUGGCAAAUUUUUAUUAGACAAGUGGGUAUGUUCUUGUAAUUGCGGAAAAGACAGGAGAUUGUGGAGCUGGAGGUCUUCCGCGGGUUUAAAUUUACUUUGAAAGCAAAACAGAGAAGAAGGCUAUAUUUAGAAACUGCUUAGGCUGUCUCUGACUGAGAUAAGGAUCAAACGGCUGGAAAAGUUGUCAUCUCUAUCUCUCAAGAAUGAAGAAGAGAAUGGGGAGAACGUUCCAUAUACAUAUAAAUAUAUGCCCACCUGCAACUUCUUCAAGGACUCUUUAAGAUCAGUUUUUUGAAAAAAAGGAACACGCAAAAGCAAAAGGAGUUUCUAAUAUCGUUUCUAUUCGAAUGUUUUGUCUCUUCUUUUCUUGUUAUCUUCCGAAUGUAGAGAUACAGCAGCCUGAAGUGAAGGCAUUGCUCUCGGAAGGGGAAGGUCAUUGUUCUAGUUGAACUCGUACAAGAUAGGGCCAUAACUGGUUCUUUGUAUCAGAAAAGGUUCGGAAGGAUGGAAAUUAACCUGAAGCAUAUCGACAUAUUGAAGUGCUACGCUGUUGAAAUUUGGCAGGCCUCUGCUGGUUCUUGGCGAAAAUCUCGAUGACGGGAUCUGGAGAGAGGUGGUGUGGGUGCCAAUCAGGAAUUUUUGAAGUAAAACAAGAGAAACUACAAUGGGCAAUUGUACCACCAAGUUACCAAGGUUUAUUUGCGGCAAGAGGACGUCCUGUGAAAAGCUUUCAAGAACAAGUUCAGCGGAAGAGAAGGAGAUGCCAUCCACCACCAAACUGCAUCAGUUCAGCUUCAACGAUCUCAGCAUUGCAACAAGGAAGUUCAGCAGGGAAAAUCUCAUCGGCCAGGGUGGUUUUGGUUACGUCUAUAAGGGCUGGAUAGAUGAGAUCACUUUUUCUCCAACAAAACCAGGAGUUGGGAUAACUGUUGCAGUAAAAAAACUCAAGACGGAUAGCUUCCAAGGCCACAAGGAAUGGGUGUCAGAGGUUACAUAUUUGGAUGAGUUUCAUCACCCAAAUCUUGUGAAACUGGUAGGAUUUUGCAUGGAAGGCGACCACAGGCUUUUAGUGUAUGAGUACAUGCAGAAAGGAACUCUUGAAAACCAUUUGUUCAGGAGUGGUGCUGAACCUCUUUCUUGGGAAUUGAGAAUCAAAAUUGCCACGGAUGUUGCUCGAGGACUUGCAUUCUUACAUAAUCGACCAAUUCAAGUCAUUCAUCGUGAUCUGAAGGCUUCAAACAUUCUCCUCGAUUCGGAAUUCAACGCAAAGCUAUCGGAUUUUGGGCUAGCAAGAGAUGGCCCGACUGGUGACCGUAGCCAUGUCUCCUCAAGAAUUGUAGGAACUCAGGGUUAUGCAGCUCCAGAAUAUGUUAGUUCAGGGCACCUGACUGUGAAGAGCGAUGUUUACAGCUUUGGUGUUGUGCUGCUGGAAAUACUUUCAGGAAGACGAGCCAUGGAGAAGGACAGGACAGUCGCAGAAAGAAACCUGGUCGAUUGGGCCAGGCCACUCUUGAGUUGCAGGAAGAAAUUCUUGAGAAUAAUGGACACAAGAUUAGAAGGCUGCUACUCAAACAAAGGGGCAUAUAUUGUUGCAAAAGUGGCAGAGAAGUGCCUUGACCUUCAGAUGAAGAACAGACCUGAUAUGGCAAAUGUUGCGGAUAUCCUCGAACAGAUACAACAACCACAAAGCAUACAAAAAUUUUUUGAGCGACUGCAUCCGGAUAAUCAUAUUAAUGGACCUUGCAGAGUACAUCCUACAGCCAAGACAAGUGAGAAUUACAAGCAAUAGGUUCGGUACAUAAUCUCCAUAGCACUUGUAACCGUGUAGAAGAACAAUAAUGCUAAUA